ACCAGAGCUGUGGGCAGGUAUUUUGCAGAGCUGCAGAACAUCGUUCGGUGGCAAUAAACCUUUACCUGAACAAGUUAAUGGUAUUAUAGUAACCAAACUAGUGGCAGGCAUUCAGCUCCUGCGUCAGACUUUACGCACCAUGCGCCCUGUGUGACUGGAAGCUGAUUUCGCAUCUCUUUGCGCGCAGAGAUGUAUACGGAGACAGUGCCUGAAUGAAGAGAUCAGCACACUCACUUUGGAUUCUUACUGUCACGCUGACUCGGACGUUGCAACCCGUUCUGCACACUACACAGGAUUGAAGAAAAAAAGCACAACUUUAUUUCCUCCUGAUCUCCCUCCAGUCAGUCACCUCAGGCUUUCCUCCUCAACCUGAAGGAGCUCCGGUGUUGCAGCCAUGCCAAAGAACACCAAGGUGACCCAGCGGGAGCACAGCAAUGAGCCGGUCACAGAGUCUGUGGCUGACCUGCUGUCCCUGGAGCACCCCAUGGACUAUAAGAGCAGUCAGAUGAGUAUGGGUCUGAGUCCUGGCUCCACUGCUCCAGUAAAGGCCCUGAUACCCUCCCCUGACCCAGACGCAGAGGACGGCCGACCGGCCUGGAACAACAAGCUGGAGUACAUCCUGGCCCAGGUGGGCUUCUCUGUGGGCCUGGGUAACGUCUGGAGGUUCCCCUACCUGUGCCAGAAGAACGGUGGAGGCGCAUACCUGGUGCCUUACUUUAUUCUCCUCCUCCUCAUCGGCAUCCCCCUGUUCUUCCUGGAGCUGGCAGUGGGUCAGAGGAUCAGGCGUGGCAGCAUCGGGGUGUGGAACUACGUCUACCCAGAGCUGGGAGGCAUCGGGGUUUCCAGUCUGAUGGUUUGCGGUUUCGUGGGCCUCUACUAUAAUGUGAUUAUCGGCUGGAGCAUCUUCUAUUUCGUCCAGUCUUUCCAGUAUCCACUGCCUUGGGCUGAAUGCCCCUUUGAGAGAAAUGGAAGCCAAGCCAUCAUGGUGCCGGAGUGUGAGAAGAGCUCGGCCACCACGUACUUCUGGUACCGCCAGACUCUCAACAUCACCAGCAGCAUCGACGACACGGGCGGCCUGAACUGGAAGAUGACCCUGUCCCUGCUGGUAGCUUGGAUCCUGGUCUGCCUGGCUGUCAUCAAGGGCAUCCAGUCCUCUGGGAAGGUGAUGUACUUCAGCUCUCUCUUCCCCUAUGUGGUGCUUUUCUGUUUCCUGGUGCGAGGUUUGAUGCUGAAGGGAGCGGUGGACGGCAUCGCUCACAUGUUCACCCCUAAGCUGGAAAAGAUGUUGGAGCCGCAGGUGUGGAGGGAAGCAGCCACGCAGGUCUUCUUUGCUCUCGGUCUGGGCUUCGGAGGCGUCAUCGCUUUCUCCAGCUACAACAAGCGAGACAACAACUGCCACUUUGAUGCAGCGCUGGUCUCCACGAUCAACUUUGUGACCUCCAUCCUGGCAACUUUAGUUGUGUUUGCUGUCCUGGGGUUCAAGGCGAACAUCAUGAACGAGAAGUGUGUUGUCGACAAUGCAGAGAAGAUUCUGGGCUUCCUGAGCACAGGUGUGCUGAGCAAAGACCUCAUCCCUCCUCACGUCAACUUCUCCCACCUGUCCACCCAGGACUACACAGAGAUGUACGGCGUCAUCAAGACGGUGAAGGAGGACUCCUUCAACCAGAUGGGCCUGGACGCCUGCCUGCUGGAGGACGAACUCAACAAGGCGGUUCAGGGCACUGGUCUGGCGUUCAUCGCCUUCACAGAGGCCAUGACACAUUUCCCUGCCAGUCCCUUCUGGUCUGUCAUGUUCUUCUUCAUGCUGAUCAACUUGGGUCUGGGAAGCAUGAUCGGCACCAUGACGGGAAUCACCACUCCCAUACUGGAUGCUUUCAAGAUCCGCAAAGAGAUCCUGUGUGUGGGUUGCUGCAUCAUAGCCUUCCUGUUAGGCCUGCUGUUUGUGCAGCGCUCAGGGAACUACUUUGUCGCCAUGUUUGAUGACUAUUCAGCUGGUUUGCCUCUCACUGUGGUGGUGAUCCUGGAGAACAUCUCUGUAGCCUGGAUCUACGGCACUAAGAGGUUCAUGCAGGACCUGGAGGACAUGCUUGGUUUCAGGCCGUACUCCUUCUAUUACUACAUGUGGAGGUACGUGUCACCAGCUAUCCUGGUGGUGCUCAUCAUCGCCACUGUCAUCGAGAUGGCCAUCAGCCCUGCAGGAUACAACGCCUGGGUGGAGGCUGAGGGCGCAGAGCGUUUCCACAGCUACCCUCCCUGGGCUUUAGGCAUGGCCUACUCUCUCAUCGUGGUGGCCAUGCUGCCUUUACCUAUCGUCUUCAUCGUCCGCCACUUCAACCUGAUCUCAGACGGCUCCAACAAACUGUCCGUCUCCUACCGUAAAGGCAUGAUGAAGGACAUCUCCAACCUCGAAGAGCAGGACGAGCAGCGCUUCAUCCUCGGCAAGAACCCCAGCGAGGCUCCUUCCCCGAUGCCCGCCCACCGCCCUUACCUGGGCCCCGGCGGCACCCAGGAGAUGACCAACACCAACUACGGCACCAGCACCAAGACAGGCUACCAGAACAUCGGUUCACCUGAGUCUGAGCUAUGAUCCGCUGAGCUCAUAGAUCCCCCCGUCCAUUAAACCCCAGCCCUGCUUGGAGAGAGAGAGACAGAGGAAGAAAGGAAAGAACAGAGAAGGUCAAGAGGGAGAGGAAAUCCACUGACGGUUGUUGCAGCGUUCACCUUAACCCCCAGAGCUGAGUCCCUAUCCCCCCUUUUCUGCCGCUUCACUCCUCCUCGUGGUUCUUCCCCACCGUUGGAGCCGUGCUGCCAAUUGCCUGUGAAUCCCAGCUGUAAUGAAGGGAUCAUGGGAAUGUGAGUCCCACCACAUAUCACAACCUUUUCCAACUGUCAACGUCUAACUGGGGCAGAGAGAGAGGGACAGAGAUGGAAACAGAGGGAGGGAUGAAGUUUAGAAAGGUCCUGAGAUAAAGGCUUUGUUUUGUAAUGAGCUCUGGCCGAGGUUAAGGUGUGUGCAGCGCUAAAAUGCUUUACGUUGUACUGAACCAUGUGUUCACCAGUUUGGGAGAAAGUUAUUUUUGAGACAGUUGGAUGUUCCUAUUUCUAGGAGAUCCUCGUCUUAUUAUUCUGGUUCAAAUGUAGAAGAUUGUUAUUUGUGGGGUAAGGAUGGAAGGAGACUCGCAUCACCGUAUGAGAACAUUUCUAAUCUAGAAAACUAAAUUAUUACAAAUGCAUCCAUAACAGUAUGUAAUAAGUGACUCUGACAGUAUAAACAGUGUUACAAGCACAUUGCAUCUUCAUUGUGCCUAUCAUGCAUCAUCAAUAAUAACCAGUCGAAGUAGGGUCCUCGUAAAACUGUGGAUCUCCUUCUUUCCCCUCUUUCCCCAUUGAUGUAGAAUACUGUACAUAUUUGUUGUGCGAUUGUCUGAGAUGUCACCGUAAAUCGUGUAUAUAGUCUACACAGCAGUAGUGCAUCAUGAGGGGAAACUUUUUGCCUCUUCAUUUCUUCUCCGUGAACCCCGAAAGCACAGCCGCCCGCUAUCGUUUUAGAGCAUGUCUGAGCCUUAACACAGAGCAGCACUUAUCUUUUAAACAACCUUUUCUCCUCGACAAAUGAGGCUCUGGAGCUGUUUCCAACAGCACUGCACACCGUCUCUGUGCUGUUCCGGUCGCAGCUGGUCUAGACAAAGCUUUUCCAUUUAAAUCAAUCAUUUUAAUCAACCGUUUCCAUUUGAAUCAAUGCCUUGGAAUGGGCAGAGGUGACAGUGCACAAGCAGAGAUAAGAAGAGCAGCUUCACGUCCGUCUGUGUGUUAGAGAGGCAGACUGAGAAGGAAUUAUAAAAUGUGAGUUUUCUCUUUGUGUGCGUGCAGAUGUGCAAGGUGUGUGCGUCAGUCUGCCGCUGAAUGAGAGCUCCUGGUGACCCUGCCUCUUUAAAAAUAGAGCUGCGUUACCCAGGGGAAGCGGUGGCAACACACCAUAGAUACAGAUCCUCUUCUGAUAUGAAGGAGGAAAGAGGAGAGCGGACACCUUGCUUUGUCUGCUCCACCUGCAAUACACAGAUGAGACAUUUUACUGUCGAGGUCCUACAAGAAUAUUUCUCUAAAGUUGUUACAGUUUAUUGAGCAAGAGUUUCACUGCCGAGCCGCGCUGUGGAUUUAUCAUACCCCACUGGGUUUAAUUGUUGUACAUUCCUCUAAUUGUAACCACUACGGACAUCAUUUCAUAAGCACUACAAUUUACACUUUGAUGUCUUUUUGUGAACUGAGGUGUGAAAACUUAAAGCCUUUUUUUUAUGUAUAAUCUUGUAUGUUUAGGGUUAUAAUGUGGAAAUUGUGCAGUGAUUAAAAAAUGUUUGGAAUAAGUGGUAAUACACAGAUUUCACCACUGGGUGUCUCUGCUGGCCAGCAGAGUAGCCAAUGAGUCUCUGUGUAGUGGCCCCUCCCUGAGACAACACCAAUACAUGAGACUGAACAGAUGUAGUGUGAAGCACAGUCAGUCACAUUGUUUGGUGCCUGAACAGCUUCUCUGUUGUCUGUUUGCCUUAUGCUUAUGCCAGUUUGUUUUCUCGAUUAUGUAUCGUGUUUGUGUAGAGUUUGGACCAAUGUCUCGUCUCAUUCACUGAGCACUUUAAUUAUGUAGAGACCCUGGAGUUGUUUGUUUAGUACAGGUUUGACAAAAGCUUGGAUGUCUAUCCAAGGCGCAAAUGUAUCGCAAGCCACUUUAUCAAAAACAUCUAUUUUCUUGUGUGAUAGUACGACAGUUCUUUGAGCAUUUUAACAAGUUAUAAUGGUUAAACUUUGCUCUGUUAUCACACCAGUGUUGAUUGAUCCUUCCAUGCCAUUAGCUGGCACUGCUAGGUCCUCUGUGUUUUACGUAAUGUAAGUCUUGACCAAUGCCUACGCUGUUCUCGUAUGUGGUCAUGUGACUUCCUACUUGGCUCUUAUAUCUGCUGAAGUUUCAGGUUACAGUACUUAAUAGUGCCUACAGCAACUUUAUGUAUACUGAAGUGAUGAAUAGUAGAAUUCCCUACUGAUCUACCACGAAACCCCUUUAUAUCGUCUUUCUUUCCACACUGAUCCUCCAUUAAAUUACAAGGGAAGUGGUAGCUUUCUAUUCUGAAUGUGUUCAAAUGUUACAAAUUAACAUGUAAACACCCUUUUAGAGUCUUAGGAUGUCACAUUAUAACCUGUUCAGUCGCUCAAAUUGAGCAACUACUGCAAUAACAUGUACAAGAAACCAGAUGUUUGGGUCAAAUGGCUUGCGACAGAAAUGGCACAUAACCUCAGGUGACGGUUCUUACCUGUACUCACCUGCAGCUUUGUUUUACAGUUAAAGCACAUUUAUGAAAGCACAGGAAAGUGAGCACAAAAGAGUUUCAUGACUUGAUGAGCAAGCACCAGUCAAUGAGUUAUAAAUAGAGUCCGUGUGGGUGAACUGGAUGAUGAAACUUGCACAUUGUGUUAGUUAAGGUCUGAUUCCUGCAUCCUCCACUGGAAGAUAAAUCAUUGAAAUGCACUGCCGUCUUCACAUGAAGCUAAACUGCACCAUUAGUUUGUUACGUAGCUACAGGUUGAUCUGCACAAUGGAUACACAAUGAGACAAACCGGAGUUUAUACGGGUGAGUCUCAAGUUUAAACCCCCAUUUCAAUACAUGAUGCACAGUUUGUCACAUUUCGCCAAGGAUUUCCCACUUCUUCACUCAAGGCACCUGCCUCCUGAAAAUGUUGAUAAAAUAUUCUGCACAAUGGUUCAAAUGUUCUCACUAAUAAGAUAAUAGCUUUUAGUAUUGAUAUUUGAUAUUUAUUGUUGAAAACAAAGACUCACACUCCAGGGUCUCUUUGUCUUGUCCAUGUGUUGGCAGUGUUGCAUCAUGUACUACAAAGCAACUUCUCGAGGUUAACGCAGUUGAUUUACUGUGAUUAACUCAACAGAAAUAGAGUAAUAGUGUAUUUAUUUAACUGUGCAAAUAGUCUUUAUGUGACCAAACCCCAUAGUUAUAUUUAUAGUGUUUAAGACAAUGUAUUUAAUCUGUACAUAUUGAUGUACAUUCUGAUAAAUUCACACUGAAUAUCAAUAGUAAGAGUGACAGGGUGAAUACUUGAGCUGUAAAUAAUAAUUGUAUAUUUUGAGAUAUUUUUUGAUUUUUGUACUGUAGGUAAUGUUACUUUGGUGUCUGUUGGUACUUGGUGUUAGUGUGGGGUUGUUCUCAAUCAAAAUAGAUGGGCGACUGUGUGUGUGUGUGUGUGUGUGUGUGUGUGUGUGUGUGUGUAAAGUAAGAGUAUAUGUAGGUUUUUGGCGUUUAAAUGUGUUUUUUUCUCCUCUCUCAGUGUUGUGUGCUGCUGAUCUAAUCCAGUAGAUAAAAUCCUGUUGUUACAGUGAACUGGGACCACUAAUGUAAGCAAUCUCUCCUCUGUGUUUCUCACUGGAACUGCAGCGGCGUCCAGCACAAAACUGACAACACGAUCAGAAGGAAAUGUUUGACGAUAACAAUAAGACAGAAACUGAAGUUCUUUUGGUUGAUGAAAGCGAUGAACUGUACAAACAUGAUCUCGUGGAGCUAACAGGACAUUAAAAUAAUCACUUUUAUUGAACAGUC